AUGAUUCAUCCAAUUUAUAGUUCAUAUCAAUAUGCUGGUUGUUAUACACAAGUAUUUCAUGAAAGUUUUUUUAUUAGUUCAUUUAUGGAACCAAAAUUAUGUUUUCAUUUAUGUAAUACACCAAUAAUUUAUUUACAAUUAUUAACAUGUCGAUGUUCAGGUGGUGGUCUUAUGCAUUAUAAUCGACAAAAAGAUCAAAUUUGUAACAUAAAAUGUACACAAUUAACUCGUAGUCAAAUUAAAACAAAUGAUACAUGUGGUGGUACAAGAGUUUUUUCAGCUUAUGUUGAAGAAAAUUUUUAUACUCAACAUGGUCAUUUAUUGAAUUAUCAAAUUCAUUUUUCAUCAUGUGAAUUAUGGACAAAUUCUGGUUUUUAUAAUACAUUACAAGUUACAUUUGAUAAAUCUUCUAUUAAAUCAUCAUUAAAUAAAAUGGAACGAUGUGCAGCUGCAUGUCUUGAUGAAAAUACUAUGACAAAAUCAAUAGCUUUUAAUGAUGAUAAUAAUCAAUGUCUAUGUAUUCUAUCACAACAAUCAUAUCUAACAUUUACUAGUUCACGUUAUUUAACAAUAUUACCAAAUAAUAGUUGUAAUCGUUAUUGUGAUAAUACAUUGGAUAAUUCAAAAAUUGAACAAAAAUUUCAAUGUGGUUCAUCAACAAAUCGACGUAUAUGGGCUAUAUAUGAUUUAAAUGGUUCAUGUCCAAUUAAUUAUGUUUAUAUAAAAGAAUUACAAAAAUGUGUAUAUGCAUAUAAAACAUUUUGGAGUUCAUGUAUAACACCAUCAAAAGUUUAUAUUUAUGAUGGUAAUAUAACAUGGAAUAUAUUUUUAAAAAUUAUUGAAAAAUUAAAUUUAAAUAAAUCAAUUGUUACAAUUGAUUUUGAUGAUGAUAUUACUAUUGAUUCCUCAUGGAAAUGUCCAUCAACAACAAUCGAUAGAACAUAUUCAAGUUAUUCUAGUUUAAAUUAUAAUACACGUUAUGUAUUAGAUAAUGGUUGUUUACGUAUACGUUCAUAUACAUCGUAUAUAGAUAGAUUUUCAUAUCGUUUAUGUAUAACAAAUCCAAUAAAUAAAUAUUCAAUAUCAGAUAAUGAUAAUGAAAAUGAAUUACCUUUUCUAACUAGUUUUUAUACUCAAAUAAAAUUUUGUCCAACAAAUUGGUUUGAUUUAAAUGGACGUUGUUAUCGAAUGUCAAAUGAACCUAAAACAAUUCAAGAUGCAAGAAAUAGUUGUAUUACUAUAUCAACAUCUGAAUCAAAUAAUAAUGAUAAAUCUCAUUUUUGGUUCAUUGAUGAUGAUGAUGAUAAUGAUAAUAAUGAAGUACAUGAUUCACCCAAAAGUAAUAUUGCUUCAUAUACAUCACAUUGGCAAGCACGAUUGGGCUUUUUUCUUCUUGAUAAACCUCCUGAUAACGAUGAAUUAAAGAAUGAAUCAACGGUAGUAGAUCUUAAUAUCUAUCGUUCGUCUAUAAAUGAAUUUCAAAUGAUGAAUCCAACGGAAAAAAAUAAUUCAAAUGAAAUUGAUAAUUCAUGUAUUCUUGCUACACGUACAAUAAUCAAAGAAAACGAAACACCAAUUAUAAAUACUACAGAAAAAAAUGAUUGUUCAAAAUCAAAACAUGUUUUAUGUGAAACAAAAACAUUAAUUGUUCAUAAUUUUCAACAACGUUGUUUUCGUAAACCAUUAAUACUUGAUUUACCAGCAUUUAUAUCAAAACAUUUAACAUAUGAAUUAUGUUUAACUAUUUGUCAAGGAUUACAAACAAAAUUAGCUAUUAUUAAUAUUAACAAAUGUUAUUGUUUAAAUGGUUUUACUUCAAAAGUAUUUAAUUUAACAAAAUAUCGUGCAGAAUAUCUACAAGAAAAUUGUGGAGAUCCUUGUCCAGGCAAUAUACAUGAACGCUGUGGUGAUAAAAAUACAAUCGUUGUCUUUCAUGUCGUUGAUGUUCGACGUAUAUAUAGUUUGAUGCGUAUACCAAUGGAUUCAUUUCCUGAUUUCGUUUAUGAUAGUUGUAUAUAUGUAAGUUCCUUUAAUUCAUCAACAACAUAUCAAUUUAAUUUAAAUAAUGUACAUAAUAUUCAUCCACGUCAUUGUUUACAAUUAUGUACAAAUUAUCAACAAAAAUAUGCAUUUAUAAAUUCCAAUUUAUGUUUAUGUACAAAUAUUCCAUUAAAAGAUACACAAUAUGAUACAACUAUACUUGAAAAUCAAUAUUGUUCUUAUGAAUGUUCAGCUAAUUAUUUUUAUACAUGUGGAAAUAAAACAAAUUCAACAAUAUAUUCAAUGUAUAUAAUGCAACCAAAAUGUCGUCAUGGUUUUGAAGUUGCUGAAAAUGAUCAACAAUGUGUAUAUAGUCAUUCAUCAAUAAAGAAAAAUUCAUUUUCAAGUGCACAAUCUUAUUGUAAAUCUAUUGGUGGUAUUAUUGCAAAAAUAAAUGAUAUUUUAGAAAUUCAAAAUAUUUUAUCUGAAUCAACUUUAAGUAGACGUCUUUCAAAUACACUUUCAAUUUUUUCUGCUUUUAAAUCAUAUAAUGAUUCAAAAUAUUUUUGGAUUGAUCGUACAUCAGAUAUUAUUAAUAAUAAUACAAUAUCAGAUCGUUCACUUGGAAAAUGUUCACAAACAUCAAACGCAAUUGAUCGAAAUUGUAUUGUUCUUCGUUAUGAAAAAACUUCAUAUAGUAAUAUAAUAGCUGAUGAUCAAUGUAUUGCUGAAUCAAAUCUUUGUUCAUUAAUGUCCGCUACACCAGUUUGUGUUGAUCAACAUUUAGAAUUUAAUUCAACUAUUAUUUCUUCAAUUACAGAUGAUGAUGUGAUAUCUGUAUCAGUUAAUACAUCAAUAGAUUAUUCAUGUGGUAAUGAUACAGAGUAUGAUUUUAUAGAUGAAUAUUGCUAUAAAAUAUCAUUUCACGAAAGUAGUUGGAACGAAGCAAAAUCUGAAUGUGAACGUGAUAAUGCUAUGUUAUUUGUACCUGAAAAAUUUAUUACAUUAAAAAUAAUAAGAUCCUUAUUUUUACGUCGACAUAAUUAUGCAUCAUCUGGUUUUGCACAUAUUGGUGUUAUUUAUGAUAAUCAAAAUCGUACUGUUAUACGAUCUAAUAUAACUGAUGAAAGUAUUUUACAAAUUGUACCAGAUUCUAAUUCUAUUUAUGAUUUAUGUGAACAAACAUUUCAUCAACAUUAUACAAAAAUAAAUUCAUCAAAAAUUUUAUCCAAAAAUGAUCAAAAUCGAUUAAAAGAUCAACAAAUUGGUUGUGCAUAUCUUGAUUUAUUAUCUGAUACAACACCAGUUAUUCGAUGUGAUGAAAUACCUUGUAAUCGACAAGCAACUGUAAUAUGUCAAAGACCACCGAUUUUAAAAACGGUUAUUAUUCAAGCGCAACGUGAAGUUAUUAACCUUCCAAUGAAUAAUGAUCCAAGUCUUACAUCAACAGUACCAUCAACUGAUAAUGAAUCAAACAGUGGAUGGACUGAUUUAAGUUCUCAAAUAUAUACAAAAUCUAUAGUCAGAGAUUUUGCUCCAAUCUUCUUCAUUCUAGCAACUAUAUUCGCUCUUAUACUUCUUGGAUUAAUAAAUAUAUUACAUAAUCAUUAUUUAUUUCAAAAGAAUAAUAAUAAUAAUAAUAAUAGAUUUCAUACUGGAAGACGUAAUCAUAAUGCUGUUUAUUCUCAAUUAAUAACCACAAAUGAAUUUGAUUUAAAUUAA